AUGUCUUCUGAUGCGUCCCGGGAAGAGAAUGUGUACAUGGCUAAGUUAGCCGAGCAAGCUGAGCGUUACGAGGAAAUGGUUGAGUUCAUGGAGAAAGUUGCAAAGACUGUUGACACCGAGGAACUUACUGUUGAAGAGAGGAAUCUCUUGUCUGUUGCUUACAAGAACGUGAUUGGUGCUAGGAGGGCUUCGUGGAGGAUCAUCUCUUCCAUUGAGCAGAAGGAAGAAAGCAGGGGAAACAAUGAUCACGUUUCCAUUAUCAAGGACUACAGAGCUAAGAUUGAGACUGAGCUCACCAAGAUUUGCGAUGGCAUUUUGAACCUUCUCGAGUCUCAUCUCGUUCCUGCUGCUUCUUUGGCUGAGUCCAAAGUUUUCUACCUCAAAAUGAAGGGGGACUAUUACCGUUACCUCGCUGAGUUUAAGACUGGAGCUGAGAGGAAAGAAGCUGCUGAGAGCACUCUUGUUGCAUACAAGUCAGCUCAGGAUAUUGCUCUUGCUGAUUUGGCUUCCACUCACCCAAUCAGACUGGGGCUUGCUCUUAACUUCUCUGUCUUCUACUAUGAGAUACUCAACUCAUCUGAUCGCGCUUGUAAUCUCGCAAAAAUUGUGGAAGUAGAGCCUGUGGAUGCUUUUGAUGAGGCAAUCUCUGAGCUAGACACAUUGGGAGAGGAAUCGUACAUGGACAGUACAUUGAUCAUGCAGCUUCUCCGCGACAAUCUCACCCUCUGGACUUCUGACCUCAAUGAGGAAGCUGGUGAUGAUAUCAAGAAAGCCGCGAAAGAGGUGCAGAAAGAUGAUGAACAAGCCCAACCACCACCAUCGCAGUGA